CAUUACAUCAUAUUGUAAAUGUAACAUUUAUCCAUUUUGUUCCAGAACUCGUCGACGAGCUGACCCAGCAGCGCCCCCAUUUUAAGGUGGCGUCCUGGAUCCUAGAAGUCAGGGAUUAAUAAUGACAGCACAACAGCAAAUUGACAGUUGUGAAGGUAUAUGUCAAAUCGGACGAAACAUAAAUAACAUUAGAGUAACAAUGGAGUUUGUUUGGAACACUGCUGGAAAUGAAAGCAUAAGUGCUUUGUUAUGGUGGAAAACAUUUUAUCAAACUACUGACUUCGGAAAGGUGGCAAUAAGAAUUUUAAGUAUGCCCUCAACAUCUGUCUUUGUGGAAAGAUCCUUCUCCACGUUCUCAUUUUUACAUGAUAAGAAGCGACAUAAACUGAAUACCAAGAGAGCAAGAAAACUCUGCUACAUUUCCCAUAUCGGGAAAGUUAUACACAGAAGGAAGGCGCCAGGUAUCAAUAAGUCAACCAAAAUCAGAACUGGUGAUAAUACUGCGUCAACAUCACAACCACAGCAAGCAAAAAAUACAGAGUCUCAGUCAUCGUCAAGAACCUUAGAAAAUACACUAGUAUAAUGGAAACUGUUGACAAUGAUAAAUAACACUUCUAUUACAUCGCCUUCAUCAUGCUCCUAUACAUCAGGGUCGGAUCGGAAGCAGGAUCUGAGACUUAGUUCCCGGGUUCAGAAUCACCAUGCACGAGCACGAAUUACACGAUAUAUCAUAAUCCCAUAAUUUUAAGGUUUAAGAUAAAUUUUGUAAUAAUGAGAUUAACUCGUUUUUAGUUUAAUAUUUUAUUUUUGUUGAUCUGUG